AGUGAAUAAAGAUAGAAAUGAAAAAAAAAGAUAGAGAGAGAUAUAAGAGGAGGGAAGAGACAGAUUAAAGAUAUUUUAGGAGGUUUCAAGUGAGGAUAGUUUACAAGAAAUUUUAGAAGAGGAGAUGAUUUAGUGAUUGGGAUUAGAGAUAGAUUUUAGGAUAACGGGGAUGCUGAGUUGGUAUUUUAAGAAAUGAUAUUUUGAGGAAAGAGAGGAAACCAAAGUGAAGCCUCCAUUGGAUAAAGAACGUUUGGUGUGCUAUGAAUAUGAUGAAGAAAAUAAAUUAGUUUACUUUAAGCCUUGCGUGAUUGAUUUUUUUUUUUUUAUUGACUUGGCGUCUGAAUUUUUUUUUUUUUCCGAACAGGCAUUCCCUCUACACUUUUACAGCGAGCCAGGAGGCAACUUUCGGAAGCUUCGUCUGUUUGUGGUGGUCUUGCCGCGAAAUUCAUUUACCAUUGAAUCUUUGAUCCUGGCGUUGAUUAUGACGAGAAGAAUUGCAGACGUUGAUUUUAACUCUGCAAUGACGUAAGGGUUAUGCAAUUUUAUAUCCCACAUGGACGGGAGUAGUGUAAACACAGCAGCAGAUGCCGACUCCAAAUUAAGAAUUUUCUUGUGACUGGAUGAGUGGCUGAUCUUCGGAAGAUCAUCCACUGUAUCUCCCGCAUCACUUCUGCAAACUUGGAAGAAUGGCGAGAAAUGGAGGAGCCCAACGGCCGACGCUUCAGUUCAUCUCUUUGUCUUUAUUACUUGUAUUGCUAAAGGAUGAAUUAGCAGUGACAGAAGUAGCAGCAGCAUCAUCAUCUCUGGCAUUACCUGGGUGUCAGGACAAAUGCGGCAACGUCAGUAUUCCCUAUCCGUUCGGUAUUGGAUCUAACUGUUCCAAAGACUCCUCGUUCGAAGUUUCUUGUGAUUCGACUGCCGCCGCCGGUUAUACCCCCACAAUUAGUAUUGGGUUUCCAAAAGCUUCGGAGGUGAUAGAAAUAUUGCCUGAAAACAAAGUUAAGAUCAUUACCAACAGACUCUGGCUUUUCAAUGCUAGUUAUAAUGAAAGUCAGUACUUUCUCAACUUGAUAAACACUCCCUUCUACCUAUCACAAGACCGUAACGUAUUCACGACUGUGGGUUGCGAUAUCCUUGGCUACAUGAUAAGUGGUGGUAUACGCGUCGGA